GCAUCGUGGCGUUCCUCGUCCUCCCGAGUUCGCGUCUCGCCGUCUCCGUUCCAAUUCCGCGCCGUCUCGGGCGGCCAGCAAAGCGUCGCGACGUAGCCGAGUGAGUUCCUCGCGCAGUGACGAGCCGAGUCGCCGCGUCUCGGGGUGAGUGUCUGUGUUCCGACUUGUGGCAGAGGCAUCCGUGUCGUUCCGUGUGCCGUCAGCGGAACGUGAGGAAGGAGUCACGUGACCGGGCCAGAGCAAGAGAGAGAGAGAGAGCGAGUCCUAUCGAUCGAGAACCGGCCAGCGAUAGUCCAUGCAAGUCGAUACGAAAACGUGGCAUUAACGACGUCCUGGUCACCUGAGAGCGAGGAACGACCUACGCAACGCCGCCAGGAGACGAGAGGUGCGGGAUGCAGGGAAGCGGAUCGGCCAGGUCGACCUUAGCGAGGCGAUGAGAGUCCCGAAUGGAGGCCGAGGAAGCCGCAGAGCCCCCUGGGGCUCCGACCGACUUCUGCUAGCGCAGCUCCCCCAGGUGGACGAGUAGGCGUCGCUCGGCUUCGAGGACCCCCGGUGGAUCGACUCUUCCAGGGCCAGGCAGGAGGAAGAAAGGCUUCGAAGCGGAGAGGGGAAGUUCGAGGUGCCAGGAGGCGUCUUCCCGGGAGCCGAGAUGGCGGACCCGGGUGCAGCGGACAGAGUCGUCGGGACAGGACCGACGUCGUCCCCUCGGCGGGAGCAGGAGCGGCUUGUGGAAGGAGCGACGUCCUGGCUGCAGUGACGAGCGUGUCCCAGCCACAUAGUCUGGCGCCACUUUCAUCGACGGGAGGUUCGCCGUCGAGUUCGUCGAGCAGCGGACCUGGAGGAGGCCCCACCGGGCUCCAAGGAGACGGCGAAGUCACGGACCACCAUGGCGGCGCCGGUGAUAGAGAAGAAGCGCUUCUUCUGCAGGGAGUGGGCGCUGAUGAAGCUGUCCCACUGCCUGGAGCAGAGGCCGGCUGCGAGUACCUGCGGGGCCCUGAUCAUCGGCGGCCCCGGCAGCGGGAAGACGGCCCUCUGUGCCGAGCUGGCCUGGCCAUCCAGCGGCGCCAACGCCAGACACCAAAGAUACCUCAAUCGGAGGCUGCUGGCCAGGCACUUCUGUCAGGCAAGGAGCGACGCUUCUCUAUCGCCGGCCCAGUUCGUCAGGUCCCUGGUGGCCCAGCUCCUGCAGGCGGGCGCGGAUGGAAUUCGGCUGUCCUCUCCGACCUCGCCGACGCCCACCGCCGCGACGGCCCCGCUCACCUCCAAGGAGGCCGUCGCCGAGGCCUACGCCGAGAAGCUGCGGACGGAUCCGGAAAUCCAGGCUGCCCUGCAGCCUGACGUCCUGGACAGGGACCCGGACGAGGCCCUGAAAAAGGCGCUUCUCUUCCCCCUCCUGGAGGUAGAGCCUCCGAAGAACUGCCUCUUCCUCUUGGUGGACUCCAUCGACGAAGGCCAGUUCCUGAACCCUCCCUACACCGGGACCAGGGACUCCAGGAGGGAGAACGACAUGGUCAGCCGCACCAUCGCGGAGCUCCUGGCGAACCACCACCACCUCUUCCCCCAGUGGCUGCUCUUGGUCUGCACCGCCAGGAGGCAGAGCAGGACCAUCUCCAGGAUGUUCACCGGGUUCCGCAAGAUUUCUCUGGACGACCUGAGGAAGUCCCAGGUGGUUCGGGACGUGCAGCAGUACAUCCUGGCCAGGCUGGACCAGGAGGACGCCCUGCGGCAGCACAUCUCCAGGGACACCGCCGAGAUGCUCAAUCAGCUGCACAUCAAGAGCAACGGGUGUUUCCUGUACCUGGAGAAGGUCCUCGACGGGGUCGCCGAGAACUUCAUCGUCCUGCGGGAGAUCCGCGAGAUCCCCGGCACCCUGAACGGUCUCUAUCUCUGGCUGUGUCAGCGACUCUUCAGCAGGAAGCAGUUCGCCAAGGUCCUGCCCCUGCUGAACGUCAUCCUGGCGGCCAAGCUCCCCAUCACCCAGGAGGUCCUCUACGAGUGCGUCCGCACCGCGCUCACCUCCAUCACCAAGGAGGACUUCAAUCGCAGGUUGCACCUGCUUCGCAGGGUCAUCUCCGUGUCCAGGGCCGGUGCUUUGAUGCUCUUCCAUCACAGCUUCGCCGAGUGGCUCCUGGACGUCAAGCACUGCACCCAGAAGUACCUCUGCUCCGCCGUCGAAGGACACGCUAUGUUGGCGGCGUACUAUACCCUGCGAGGUCCCGGUCUAAAUUCCGACGAGAUCUGCGUCCUGGGCCAGCAUCUGCAAAGGUCCAUGACCAGCGUCGCUGCCGUUGGGUCCAGCCUGGACCUGCACGCUCUGCAGGUGCUCUGGAUGAUAGGCAGCGGGGUUCCCGUCGAGGAGUGCUACCUGGAUAGCACCGACUGCAUCCUCUGGCCCAGACAGGACACCAGACUCCUAAGACUGCUCCUGGACUCCGGAGCCAAGCCCUCCGAGAAAGUCGUCGAGGACGAGCCCGUCAAAGACGCCGUUUCUUCUAGUCAGGUCUCACAGGAUGUGAGUCCCAUGGACGAGUCCCUGGGCGAGCCGCUGACGGAGCUGCUCGGCGAGAGCGGAGACAUCAACCAGGCGGACUCGAGUGGCCGCACCGUCCUGCACACCCUCGCCGCCGACGGGAACAGUUCCCUUCUGGAAUUGGCCCUUACCGCAUGUCCCCAGGCGAAACUCGAAGCCAUCGAUAGGCACGGGCAAACGCCUUUAAACUUGGCUGCGAGGCACGGGUACGCCGACGUCGUCCGGGUUCUCUUAGCUGCCGGUGCCAAGGCGGACCACGCCGACUGUGACGGCUGGACCGCUCUCAGGGCCGCUGCCUGGGGAGGACACACCCAGGUACAUUCACAGCCAACCCUCUCUACGAAACUCGACGACACUGUUAAACGUGUCCCGAAUGUAGUCGUCGAACAACUUUUGGAGCACGGUGCGAAGGUAGAUUGUGCGGAUUGGGAUCAACGCACCGCUCUGAGAGCUGCCGCUUGGGGCGGCCAUGAGGACAUAGUGAAGGCAUUGUUGCAGCACGGUGCCGAUGUCAACAGAACCGACGACGAAGGCAGGACGGCCCUCAUAGCUGCUGCUUAUAUGGGUCACAGCGAGAUCGUCGAGCAUCUUUUGGAUUUCGGAGCCAAGAUCGAUCACGCCGACAGCGAUGGCAGAACGGCCUUGAGCGUCGCCGCGUUGUGCGUCCCUGCCAAUCAGGGAUACGCGAAGGUGGUGACGAUAUUGCUGGAAAGAGGAGCCGCCGUGGACCACCAGGACAAGGACGGUAUGACGCCGCUGUUGGUCGCCGCCUUUGAGGGACACCGAGAUGUGUGCGAGUUACUGCUCGAGUACGAGGCAGAUGUGGACCAUUGCGAUGCAACCGGAAGAACUCCUCUAUGGGCGGCUGCGAGCAUGGGCCAUGGAUCCGUCGUAGCCUUGUUGCUGUUCUGGGGAUGCUACGUCGACAGCAUAGACAACGAAGGCAGGACCGUCCUCAGCGUGGCCGCUGCGCAAGGAGGCACCGACGUCGUCAAGCAGCUCCUUGACAGAGGUCUCGACGAGCAACACAGGGACAACUCGGGAUGGACGCCUCUACAUUAUGCGGCUUUUGAAGGCCACAUAGACGUCUGCGAAGCGUUGCUGGAGGCUGGGACGAAAGUCGACGAAGCCGACAACGAUGGAAAAGGAGCGCUCAUGCUCGCUGCUCAAGAGGGACACACUACUUUGGUGGAGAGACUUUUGGAACAACACGGAGCACCCAUCGACCAACAUGCUCACGACGGGAAGACAGCUUUGAGGUUGGCGGCUCUAGAAGGACAUUACGAUACGGUAAGAGUGCUCUUGUCGCACAACGCCGACGUCAACGCAAAGGAUGCGGACGGAAGGAGCACUCUCUACAUCCUCGCGUUGGAAAAUCGACUGGCCAUGGCGAGGUUUCUCCUGGAACACGCCCAUGCCGACGUGGAAAGCAGAGAUUCCGAGGGAAGAACUCCACUUCACGUGAGUGCUUGGCAAGGGCAUGUCGAGAUGGUGGCUCUUCUAUUGACAGAAGGUGGUGCCAGUGUAAACGCAUGCGAUAAUGAGAACAGAACACCGCUUCAUUCGGCCGCAUGGCAAGGACACGCUGCUAUCGUUAGACUGCUUCUCGAACACGGGGCAACGCCAGAUCACACGUGCAAUCAAGGUGCAACCGCGUUAGGUAUAGCGGCGCAAGAAGGGCACGAGCACUGCGUCAGAGCUCUUCUGAACCACGGGGCUGAUCCGAACCAUUCCGAUCAUUGCGGUAGGAACGCGAUCAAAGUUGCCGCCAAGAGUGGACACGAUACGGUUGUUAGAUUGCUCGAGGAGCACUCCGCUAAUCAACGAAGUUUACGGCCUGUUGUCAAUGGAGGUGGUAGCAGUGGCGCGACUUCCGUGACGUCUAACUCCACCGGAGAGACGAAACCCUCUUCGGUAACGUUAAACCCACUCUCGACGCAAUGCAGCCCCGCCGAGUCUCCGGACUCGACGAAGAGAAGAAGCUGCGUCUCCCUGGGCAACAAUUCCAGCAACAGCAAGUCCAGCAGCAACCUGACCGGCAGUACGAAGAGCGACCAGGGGAAGUUCAAUCAGAGUUCGAUGGUCAACCAGGUAAUUAAAGCGCCGUUGUCGUUUACGCAACAGCUCCAACAAUGCUCCCGUGGGGCUAAGAGUCGGCCACUGAGCAAGCUGCUGUCUCCGCUAAAAAGUGAACCCCAGAGUCCGAUAUACGCGUCGCCACCUCAUUCCCCGCUGAGCGACAGCCUAAUACCGUACUCGCCGACGAAUACUAGUCCACCAAGUGCCCAAACUGCAGCCAGCGCGAUUCAGAGUCAGCUGGGGGUGUCCCUGCUGUCGGGAAAUCAGAGCGUACAGUACAAGCCGCUGACCGGCGGAUUCAACGGCCCGGCCGGCAUUUACGAGCCUAUAAACAUUAAGACGGAGAUGAUCGAGAAAACCGAGAUAGCGAAGCCAUUCGAGCUGACCAACGAAAUGCUCGGCUUGGGCGCCGGUAAGGAAAAGAGAAACGGGCACAAUGACAAAAGGAACUCGGCCGACACACACUUCACUCGAGACACCCACAUGAGAAUCAUUUUAGGGAACAGCGGGGCUGGUGUUGGCCGAAACGUCAAGCACACGCCCGAGCAUAUAUCGAGCAGUGGCAACUCGAAACCAAAGCGCAACGGCUUGGUUUCGAAUCCAGCUAUGAGGUUGGUGGCUGGUGUUAGAAAUGGAAUUGAAAACGCAACCAACAGAAAUAAGCCUAUCACGACGCGAGUCAAUGGGUUUCAGUGGAAGGCCGAGGCGAGGAAAGAAACGCCUUUGUAGGAUCAGGUUGUCCAAUUCGCCACGAUCGCGAUGCACCGCGCGAAUCGCAACUGCGACUGGCGUGUAUUCAUUAACAAGAAGCGAAAGUCAAUAAACAAAUUUUUCUCCUUUUAUUUGAGCAAAAUCAAAUUACCUCAAAUGAAGAAGCGAUGAAAGGAAACCUAGAGAGGAACCUACGGUUCCCUCCGGAUAUACGAGCGAAGAGAUUUAAACACAGGAAUACACGUAAUACCAAAUAUUAAACAGCAUAGGAAUGUACGUAGCUACUUAGAGAUGUAAUACUACCGACGCAACUUUGUAUAAAUGUAACUCUAAUAAAAUUAAAAAAAAAAGAAUUCUUUACUGAUCUCACUAA